AUGCGAAAAAGGAAACAAACCCUCUUGCGAGUGGAAUGCGAUAGAGAAAAACAUCGCUGUUUGCUGUUUCGCACGUUGCUGCUGGCCAGGAAGGGGAGGAAGUUCAGGCUCACUGUGAGCAUACUUGAUGAGGUGCCGCGAGGGCCGACGCGGCUGCGUAACGGCGACGGUCUUCCGGCGGACAGCGGUGCCGCCAAGACGGGUACGAGGCGCUGCGGCCCCGUUCGUCACGACGGCCACGAGCGGGCCAGAGACCGGAGCCGACCGACGGGAGCGGUCGCGGCGGUGCCCGUCCACCGGCGGUUGCAACGGGCGACAGAUCUUUUCUACUCCACGACGAAUGUUACCAUGGGCGACGGCAACAAGCGAGUUUCAGGUUCGUGCCUUGGCUACAGGGGCAAAAGCUAAAGGACUUGGCUUCGGGUAUGUUCGUCCUUUCAAUGCGCAAGCACGUCUGUGUGGCAAAGGCUCCAACAAACAGUGAUUGGAUCCGCCGCAUUGACAUGCAGGGAGGCCUCUCUGUUGAUCACAUACAACAAUUUGUCAAUCUAUGGAGCAAGGUCCAGGAGAUUCAACUUACGGCUGUUGUGGGAGCAAUGUUUCCCGGGAGUAUGUAUUUUUCAGGAGAGUAAUCCUUAUGUAUCUUAUAUCCGGCCGGCCUUUGUGUUCAUGUAAACGACAAUCCAUACUCUUCUUUGCUUAAUUAAUGGGAUAAGACAAAUCUUUUGUCUCCAUUUGAAAGAAAAA